UAGGCCAAGGAAAGGAAGAAGCAGGGAGGAAGAAGAAAAGCUCGCCUACUAGCCAAGUGUCAAUGUUUUCCUUGAAAUCGCAAAACAAGCAAGCCUUUUCUGCACUUUAGUUAACACAUUUGCCCAGUCAGGGCCGCAUUGCGACAGUAGGUUUAAUUUCAUUGGCCCAGCCAUGAAUUUGGGGCCUUCAAACCCCCACGGCAACGGGCUUUUAUUUGCCGGUUUCAACCAAGACCAAGGAUGCUUCGCUUGUGGGAUGGAUAAUGGAUUCAGAGUGUACAAUUGUGAUCCAUUGAAAGAGAAGGAAAGAGAAGAUUUUACUGAUGGCGGUUUGAGCUAUGUUGAAAUGCUCUUUCGAUGCAACUACUUAGCUCUUGUAGGAGGAGGAACUCAUCCCAAAUACCCUCCGAACAGAGUAAUGGUGUGGGAUGAUUUAAAGAAGCAGCCUGUGAUUGCACUUGAAUUCAACGCUCCAGUACGUGGUGUUCGUUUGCGAAGAGACCGUAUCGUUGUUGUAUUGGAAGGGGUAAUCAAAGUCUACACAUUUACACAGAAUCCUCAGCAGUUACAUGUCUUUGAAACUAGUCCCAACCCUAAUGGUUUGUGUGUACUGUGCCCGAACAGUAACAAUUCACUAUUAGCUUUCCCUGGUCGUAAGUCUGGUCAUGUACAAGUCGUUGAUCUAGCAGACACUGAAAGACCCCCACUAGAUAUUGCUGCCCAUGAAGCACCUCUCAGCUGUAUAGCACUUAACUUACAAGGUACUCGACUGGCUACUGCAUCUGAAAAGGGUACCCUGAUUCGAGUAUUUGAUACUGCUAGUGGACUGUUAAUAAAUGAACUGAGAAGAGGUGCUAAUGCGGCAAAUAUUUAUUGUAUUAAUUUCAACCAUGAUUCAACAUGCCUAUGUGUUUCAAGUGAUCAUGGAACAAUCCACAUAUUUUCAGUGGAAGACCCAAAACUUAACAGACAAUCCAGUUUGGCAAGUGCUUCAUUCUUGCCAAAAUAUUUCAGCUCUAGCUGGAGUUUCUGCAAGUUUCAAGUUCCUGGAAACUGUCGUUGUAUGUGUGCAUUUGGAGCGGAUAAUAAUUCUAUCAUCGUGGUUUGUGCUGAUGGCAGCUACUACAAGUUUGUGUACACCAAGAAAGGUGAUAGUUCAAGAGAUGUUAGCACUCAGUUCCUUGACAUGCAGGAUGACAAGUUGUAAAGAAAGAGAAAUUGUUCUCCAUAGAAUAAUAAUAAUAAUAAUAAUAAUGGUAAUACCUACAAAAUAGGACAAACAUGGACAUAUUAUAAGCACAAAUCCUUGUGUUUCUGAAUUUUUAUUUGUACAAUUACCUAGAAGUUUAAGAGUAAUUGCAAAGUGUCAACUCAAUCAUGAGACUAAGCCCUAGUCUCAUGACUCAACGUCUUUCAUUAACUAACACUAGGGACAAACUUCCCUUUCUGAGGAUCAAGACCUCUCAUUUGCUAUUAUGUGGCUAAAGUUGGGGUAUCAUUUCAGACUAAUAAUUGUAUUCAAUGCAAAUUUCAAAUUUGAGUGCAAUCAUGACUUGGAACCAACAAUUAGCUGAACAGACUAUUAUCAUAGGUUUGAUUUGACAGUUGUGCCGUGUACUUCUGUAUAGAGGAUUCUAGAGGAUUUAAAAAAUGUACCAAUAUUUAGGUUUUGUUGUCUGUGAUAAAAUCUCUUACACAGGAUUUGUUCGAUGUUUUCUGGACAAUUUCAGAGUUCCCUCUCUUUAGACCUGAAGUGCAUUUUGGUUGUCAAAUGUUAUGAUGACAAUUUCAGAGAGGACCAGUGAUAUUUUCAUUUUUCUUUGUAAAUUGAUUAUUGGCUGAAAGUACAUGGCACUCUCCCAGUGACAGCAACAGGUCAUCAUGGUUUUGUGAAUUUAGAAUUUAGUACAAUGAAGUUGAACAUUUCUCUCAAAUUUCCUCCUAUCCAUGUUGUGAAUGUUUUUUUUUACUCUUAGCCUUUAAUUGGAGAGAGAGUUGAAGUACAAGUUCAUCACAUUGCUUGCUUUUUAAACCACAGUUCAAUUAAUGAAUUUCACUACGUUGCUGAUUGUUUUCCUUUGCUUGCAUAAAAUGCUAGAGGUUUAUUUAGGAAUGUACUGGUAGAGAAAAAUGUAUUUCCCAUGUAUAUUCUGGCACCAUAUUGUGCUAUGAUCGUUGAUGACCAUACAUAUUGAAAUGUUGAGAUUUCUUUUCAGUCCCCAGUGAAACUUGAGUUAGAAAGAUACUGCCCAUCACUCUCCUUUCAAUAUUUAUAUGUAUUUUACCGAGUCCAGCAUUUUAAUACACUGUUUUUAUCCUGCAACAAGUAGAUUUUAAUGUCAUAUCAAUUGAUAGUGAGUGCUAAGCAGUCAAAGGGUCAAUAUAAUGUAAUAAAU